UAUUAACAGAAUUACAGGUCCGGUUCUGGUAACCUUGUCCAUACUAGAAGGAGCAUGGCAUCCAUUGCCGGAUUUUUGUCUUUCACAUGAAGAGAGCAACAGCUGCAGCUAUCUCCUCCUAUCUUCAACGCUUUCACCAUCUCCCACUUCCCACUUUCGCUUCUCUCAGAACCUUUUCUUUUUUCGGCCCAUCCAAUCCCAGGCCUUUCCCUGAUUACUCCCUUAAGAAACCCACCGUCACUGACACCCACUUCGUCCACCGCAUCUCCACCACCAUCAAGCAACGCCGCUCCGAGCCACUCCGCCGCAUUCUCAAACCCUAUGAGUCAAAGUUCAAACCCGAUCACUUCAUAUGGGUCCUCAUGGACAUCAAGAACGACUACAACCUUGUCUUGGAUUUCUUCAACUGGGCUCGCCUUAGAAGGGACCCUUCCUUGGAAGCACUCUGCAUUGUGCUUCAGAUUUCUGUGGCUGCCAGGGAUCUCAGGAUGGCGCAGAGGCUCGUUUCUGAGUUCUGGGGCAGGCCGCGUUUGAAUGCACACCAAGUGUUUGAUGUUUUUACUGAGAGGUUGAUUUACACUUAUAAGGAUUGGGGUGCUGAUCCCCAUGUGUUUGAUGUGUUUUUUCAGGUGAUUGUCGAGUCUGGGAUGCUUCUAGAAGCUGGGAAGUUGUUUUAUAAGCUGCUGAGUUAUGGUGUUGUUUUGUCUGUAGAUUCCUGUAACUUGUUUCUCACGAGGCUAGGGGGAAGUUUCAAGGGGAUGUGGACAGCGGUUCGGGUGUUCAGGGAGUAUGCCGAAGUAGGUGUUUGUUGGAAGACUAUGUCUUAUAAUAUUAUUCUUCAUUGUCUUUGUAACCUGGGGAAAAUAAGAGAAGCUCAUACUUUGCUUAUACAGAUGGAGUUUAGGGGGAAUGUUCCUGAUGUUGUAAGUUAUAGCACUAUGAUCAGUGGUUAUUGUCAGGUUGGAGAAGUAGAGAAGGUCUUGAAGCUCGUCGAAGAAUUGCGUCGGAAGGGAUUAACACCAAAUGAGUAUACCUUCAAUAACAUACUUGUCCUUCUUUGUAAGGCUGGUGAGGUAGUCGAAGCGAUGAAAGUGUUGAGGCAGAUGUCAAAGCAGGGUGCUUUUCCUGAUAAUGUUGUCUAUACAACUUUGAUAAGCAGUUUUUGCAAGUCUGGGAAUGUUUCUGCUGCAUACAAGCUCUUUGAUGAAAUGAGGCAUAAGAAAAUCAAUCCUGAUUUUGUGACGUAUACUUCGGUGCUUCACGGCCUGUGCCAAACUGGACAGAUGGUGGAAGCACACCAACUGUUUAGUGAAAUGAUUGGUAAAGGGUUAGAACCAGAUGAAGUUACUUAUACUGCUCUAAUUGAUGGGCAUUGCAAGGCAGGGGAAAUGAAAGAGGCCUUUUCUAUUCACAACCAGAUGGUUCAAAAGGGUCUGACUCCAAAUAUCAUAACUUAUACUGCAUUAGUUGAUGGCCUAUGUAAACGUGGAGAGGUAGAUAUAGCGAAUGAUCUUCUUCAUGAGAUGGCUGGAAAGGGCCUUCAGCUAAAUCUUUGCACGUACAAUGUAAUGGUCAAUGGUCUUUGUAAGAUAGGAAAUAUAGAACAAGCAAUAAAACUUAUGGAAGAAAUGGAUCUGGCAGGGUUUUAUCCUGACACUAUUACAUACACUACAGUCAUGGAUGCGUAUUGCAAGAUGGGGGAAAUGGCGAAGGCUCACGAGUUGCUGAGAAUUAUGCUUGAUAAGGGGCUUCAGCCUACAGUUGUUACAUUCAAUGUAUUAAUGAAUGGGUUUUGCAUGUUAGGGAUGGUGGAAGAUGGUGAAAGACUAAUCAAAUGGAUGUUAGAGAAGGGCAUAAUGCCAAAUGCAACGACAUUCAAUUCUCUUAUGAAGCAGUAUUGCAUUAGAAAUAACAUGCGUGCGACUACUGAGAUUUAUAAGGGGAUGCUUGCUCAAGGAGUGAAGCCUGACAGUAACACAUAUAACAUUUUGAUUAAAGGGCACAGUGUGGCUAGAAAUAUGAAAGAGGCGUGGUAUUUGCAUAAAGAAAUGGUGGAAAAGGGCUUCACUCUUACCGCUGCUUCAUAUAGUGCUCUUAUCAAAGGUUUUUGUAAGAGGAAAAAAUUCGCAGAGGCUAGGCAGCUAUUUGAGGAGAUGAGAAUCCAAGGUUUGGUUGCAGAUAAAGAGAUAUAUGACAUUUUUGUUGAUGUAAACUAUGGAGAAGGGAACUGGGAAAUUACCCUUGAGCUUUGUGAUGAAGCAAUAGAGAAAUGUCUUAUUAAGAGAAAUUAUAAAAGAGUUUUAACCUUAUUUCCUGAAGAAACCAUGACAAAGAGUGAAGUAAAGCUGUUGGGGGCAUGGCCUAGUCCAUUUGUUAUGAGGGCUAGGAUAGCUCUUAACAUCAAAUCAGUGAGCUAUGAGUUCCUUGAGGAGACAUUUCAACCUAAGAGUCAGCUCCUUCUUGAUUCCAACCCUGUUUACAAGAAAGUCCCUGUUCUCAUUAAUCAAGACAAACCUAUCUGCGAGUCCUUGAUCAUUGUGCAGUAUGUGGAUGAUGUCUGGUCCUCUGGCCCAUCCAUUCUCCCUUCUGAGCCUUACGACCGUGCCAUUGCACGCUUCUGGGCUACCUAUCUCGAUGACAAGUGGUACCCGACCUUGAGAUCUGUUAGAGGAGCAAAAGGAGAGGACGAGAGGAAGAAGUUGAUAAAGGAGGUCGGAGAAGGAUUGACAUUGCUUGAGGAUGCACUUAACAAGAUAAGCAGAGGCAAAGACUUCUUUGGUGGUGACCAAAUUGGUUACUUGGACAUUGCAUUUGGGUGCUUCUUGGGAUGGCUGAGGGUGACAGAGUCACUCACUGGGGUGAAGUUGCUUGACCAAGUUAAGACACCUUGUUUGGCGAAAUGGGCUGAGAGGUUCUGUGCACAUGGUGCUGUCAAAGAUGUUAUGCCACAAACAGAGAAGCUUGUUGAGUUUGCUAAGAUGUUAAUGGCCAAAAUGGCUGCUUCUACUCCAAAUUAAAAAGUUCCUUAUACAAGGUAGCAGGGAACUUAUUCUAUGCCAUGCUUCAUGAGAUUCUAAUGUAGUAGGGAAUUGGAAGAUCC